AUGUCUACCAUAGUUGCUCAAGUUUCCACACUUUAUAAAAUCAUUAAAUCCAUUAAAGAUAACGCAAAAAUUGUAUUCUUUUUAGUGGCCUUUUACAAGAUUUCAAGUUUUUUGCUUGAAUUUAAACCACUUACAAAUGAAAUUGAUAAUUUAAGUAGAAGAUUUGAAGCUGUCAAUGAAAGAAGUAAUGCCGUAGAUAAAAAAGUCGAUAUCUUAAGUAUUCAGUUUGAGAAUAGAAUGAAAAACCUCGAAGAUAAGAUGAGAAUGCAUAUUAUCGCAGAUGUGUAUAUCUUGAUUGUAUUAAUUAUCGUUUUGGUACUUCAUAAAUAUACCAAUUCGAGAUGA